AUGCUUUCAAAACAGAAGGAUGUGCCCACAAAUACCUCAGCAACACUAGGUGCAUUAGUUUCUACAGAAAAGACGUCUUCCCCGUUUCCUAAGGGAGCAACGAUUCGAAGCACUGCCGCAAAUAUAAUGAAAAGAGUUUCCUCGAAUGAACAGGCUGCUUUGAGUGACCGACAUACACUAAUGACUUCCACGUCGAUCGAACAUUCUUCACAUAUACAACCUUUAAAAGAAUCAGUGGUUUAUUCACAACCAAAAGUGGUAUCUGCGGAAUUAAACUUAAGCACACCGAAAACUGCGAAAAGAAGCGUUUCGAAUAUUCACAGGUUGUUAUCACCGAUGGAUCACCGAGAGUUGGUGGAUAAACAGAAGAGGUCUUCAAGCCCAAAGCAUGAAAUUCCAGUUGUUAUGGAUAAAUCAUCCAAACCAGAUCAAAGUCAUGGGAUGACAACUACUGCAGAUACCUCCAUGUCUUUUACUGGGUCGUCGCGUUCUUCUUCAAUGACUUCUUCUCCUCAGAAGAAGCAUAACGAUGUUCAUAAGAAGAGAGCAUUCAGCAGAAGAAGUCGGACAGGUUGUCUUACGUGCAGAAGAAGACGCAUUAAAUGUGAUGAGCAUCGUCCCUUCUGCCACAACUGUAUCAAGUCGCACAAGAUAUGCAGUGGAUAUGCACACGUGGAUGCCAUGAUUCGAAGCAAGAUUUUAAAGGCCCAAUCAAAAGCAGGAGAACAUGCUUUCAGAGUUCCUGCAGCAUCUUAUUCCGCACCACCGAUGCCUAGUUAUGUGCCGCCGCAAUAUAUUCCACAAAAUGCAUCUUUUGUUGGCCCUCAACCCGUCCAGUGGUCAUACCCUCCAUCUUCGCAGACACCUGGUUAUCCUGGCAUGGUUCCUGUGACUUCACCUUCUUACCCUCCUGGCGUUCCCGCUCUGGGAUUUACCAUCCCACAGCAGCAAAUUUCACAGCAGCAACCACGGCAAAGUCCAUCACAACUUACACGGCCAUUUUCAACAGCACCGUAUCCUUCCGGAUCGUGGCCUUAUCAACCUCCUACUCCAGCAAACGCUCCUGCAACAUUUCCAAGAGUGGUAGAUCAGCAACAAAUGCCACAUCCACCUCAACAACAACUGCAGAUGUAUCCUCCACCUUACGUUAAUCAAAUGCUGGAUUAUCAGAAAGGUCAAGAACUGUUGCAGCAACAGAUGGGUGGACGUCCCGCCCCUGGACCACAAGUUUUUGAUCCUCAUAUUCCCCAGUUUCAGCAAAUGAUUGUUCCUCGUCCACCGAAUGGCACGCUAUAA